AUGUCAUAUCAAUUAUAUAGAAAUACCACAAUCGGGAAUACCUUACAGGAAAGCCUAGAUGAAUUAAUACAAUAUGGGCAGAUAACUCCAGCGUUAGCAGUGAAAGUAUUGUUACAAUUCGAUAAAUCUAUUAAUCAAGCUUUAUCGAACAGAGUAAAGUCAAGAUUAACCUUCAAAGCAGGAAAACUAAAUACGUAUAGAUUUUGCGACAACGUGUGGACGUUCAUGUUGAAUGAUGUGGAGUUUCGUGAAGUACAAGAAGUUGCUAAAGUUGACAAAGUGAAAAUAGUGGCAUGUGAUGGCAAAAAUGUUGAUGACAGAAGAUAA